UUCUUUGCUUGUUUUUCAAUUCAAAAACCAACCCAGAAGAUCCGGUAGAUUCUGGAUGAAAUCUGUCGGAUCUUGCUUUCCAAACUGUCAGAUUUCCUAAGAGGAUUUUGUAUCUUUCUGAUCAUGAUGUGCACCCUUUUUAAAUGUCUCAUUCUCCUUCAUCACUCUCUUCAUCUUUCUAUUCCUCUCCCUUGUUCUUUCCCUUCUUUUUCUGUCAUUUUACUUUUGUUUUUGCUUGCACUUUCACAUCAUCAUUCAAGUUAUGGGUAUAGUUGCUGAGUCCCAGUUUCAUGUUUUGGCUGUUGAUGAUAGUCUUAUUGACAGAAUGUUGAUUGAAAGGCUCCUUAAAACCUCUUCCUUUCAUGUUACUGUAGUGGAUUCUGGUACUAAGGCUUUGAAGUUUCUUGGUUUGGUUGAAGAUGAGCAGAGGAAUGAAGAGCCUCCCUCUUUUGCUCCAAAAACCAAUCAGAAUGUAGAAGUAAACCUGAUCAUAACUGAUUACUGCAUGCCUGGAAUGACAGGCUAUGAUCUGAUGAGAAAGAUCAAGGAAUCUGAAAUAGACAUACCAGUGGUGAUUAUGUCAUCAGAGGAUGUACCAUCAAGAAUCAACAGAUGCCUAGAAGAUGGAGCUAAAGAAUUUUUUCUAAAACCAGUUCAACAGUCUGAUGUAAACAAACUCAAGCCCCAUUUGUUGAAAUCAAAAGUAAAAGAUGAGGAAGACCAAGUCAUCAACAAAGAAAAUAACGAUACAGAGGAAAGCCAUUCCCCAGAUGAAACCAGUUCCAGUUAAAAUUGAUGAUUCAUAGAUAGUAGUUAGAACAUUUACCACUCCUCUGCCUCACCAAUAAAUCAUUGGGAAGAGUAGAUGGUGGCUCAAUCAUACUAAAAAAAUUAUGCAGCAUAGAUCCCUGAUGUAAUUUAAUAUUAGAGAAAGAAUUUCAUUCAAUUUUG